AUGGCAUUCUCUACGGAGAUUCCUCAUCUCCGCAAGGUGGCGGAUACUCAGCAGCUUGUUGUGAAUGGGAGGCCGUUUCUGUCACUGGCUGCGGAGUUGCAGAACUCGUCUAUGACCUCCGCUGAGUUUAUGGAGCCUAUUUGGCAGAAGCUAGUCGAUACGAAUAUCAAUACUGUACUUGGAUGUGUUACUUGGGAGAAUAUUGAGCCAGUGGAAGACCAGUUCGAUUUUACGGAAUUGGAGAAAGUUAUUCUGGGUGCAAGGAAGCAUGAAUUGCAUCUUGUGCUGUUGUGGUUUGGCUCGUUCAAGAAUGGUAUCUCUACCUACGUUCCACCUUGGGUCAAGACAAACACUCGCCGAUUUCCUCGUGCCAAACUACGCAAAGCUGGCGGUGUCUUGAAAACAGGCGACGUGCUGUCAAUCUUCCACGAAGAAGCAUGCAAGGCCGAUGCAAAGGCAUUCUCGCGCCUGCUGCAGCAUGUCAAGAACAUUGACAGCGAGUACUCGACAGUGAUCAUGGUCCAAGUCGAGAAUGAAACAGGUCUACUAGGCGACUCUCGCGAUGGCUCCGCAGCAGCUGAACAGCGAUUUAACGAGCCGGUCCCGUCCGACCUGCUGUGCUUCCUUGCACAGGACUGGAUUAACCUCCACACCGACCUUCAAGCAAAUCUGAAACAUUUCAAAGCCCAAUCUAGCCCCAGAGGCACAUGGACACAAGUCUUUGGCGAAAGCCCGCAUACAGACGAGCUGUUCAUGGCGUACCAUUAUGCACAGUACCUCAACAAGGUUGCCGCAGCUGGCAAAAAUGAGUACCCGAUUCCACUGUACACGAAUGUUUGGCAGGACUAUGUGGGCCAAGACGGCGACAAUGAGUUCCCUGUCGUUGUUGGUGGCGGCGGUCAUCCAGGUGACUACCCGUCGGGAGGCGGCACUAGCACCGUCCUCGAUGUUUGGCUGAGAUUUGCGCCGUCGUUGGAUUUCAUUGCACCCGAUAUUUACCUGAAUGAGUACGCCAGCUCGUGCCGCAAAUACCGCCACCGCAAUCAGCCGCUGUUCAUCCCGGAGCAACGCCGGGAUGAGUACGGUGCGAGGCGGAUCUGGGUUGCAUAUGGUUCCUUCCAGGCUAUUGGGGUGUCGCCCUUUGGGAUUGAUACUCUAGACCCGGCUACCAACCCGUUCACUAAGCACUAUGGGCUGCUCAAGUCCGUCUCGCAGCUUGUCCUCGAAGCACAGACGCAGCCUGGCUCCUCGGUCGGGUUCUGCUUUGACGAGCUAGCGGCUGAUGGGACCGAUCCCUCUAAGCCGAUCAUCCAACACUGGGGUGGGUAUGAGAUCACUAUCGAGCGCUGCUUUGUCUUCGGAAAGCCUGAGCCGGGCGCAGGAAUGGUUAUCCACCUUGGCGGACCCAAGUUCCUCCUGAUCGGCUGGGGCUUCCAGGUACGGGCAUGCUCCCUGUCACGGACCAGCCGCUUCACGGGAUUCUUACGCUUCGAGGAGAAAAAGGUUGCGGAUCGGGCGACGGGCGAGCUGCGCAAACUGCGGACUUUGAACGGAGAUGAGAGCAGGAGCGGGAUCUUCGCGAUGAUGCCAAACGAAGAUCCGGACUACGGUGGUUUCCCGAUCUGUGUGACCAUUCCGGCUCAUACGAUGAUUGCAGAACUGGAGGUGUACUCGAUUGAGGAGUCCGACGACGUGUAA